AGGAGCUUCACAGAGAAUCAGAGUCUGUAACUCCACAUAGACCAGUACGUCUUCCCCUAUAAACAUCGGUUAUAAAUCAUAUUAACACCAUUAUAAAUGGACAUAAACAUCGCUGGCUCAAGCUAAAGUGGCGUCUGGAUGAUUUUUCCACAGUAGGACUCUAAAGAAAACUUUUUCAUGCCUCCUGCUUUGAGGGAAAUUUCAUAAAAGGGGGAGUCCAAGCUGCACGGGACGCGGAGGGUUCGCUCUUCCCCUUAUUGUGUUCAGGAAACACCGUGGCGGCUGAGAAAGGCCUACACUCUGCGACCAACUUUGAAGGUUUUGUUUGCAUUUGGGCAAGGAAGAGUACAGUCUGAAAAAAUGGAAUUAAACGGGUAAUUGGGACAAGAGUGCAGAACAGGUUUCCUCAUGUCCAUAAGGUGUUGGUCGCAGCACUGCGGCUCUCCACCCCUGGAGUGGACAGUUGCUGCGAUUUGGACCCCUUGAUCCCUUCCCCCUCCCCCCUCCCCCCCCCCCCCUUCCCCCUUUCCUGUGGUGCUGGAAGUCAUGAGUAUAGUAAUCCCUCUGGGAGUCACUACACCAGAUACGUCAUACUCAGACAUGGCUGCAGGAUCAGACCCGGAGUCAGUAGAAGCAAGCCCUGCUGUCAAUGAGAAGAAUAACUAUUCCAGUCACAAUUGUGGAAAUGCUCAGAAUCAUGGUUAUCGAGGACUCCCUUAUGCAGAUCACAAUUAUGGUGCUCCCCCGCCUCCCACACCACCUGCAUCCCCUCCCACACAGACCAUUAUCCCAAGGGUUGAACUGAAUGGAUUGCGCUCCCGCUACAAGGACAACUCUGCAGAUAGUGAAAGCUCCUCAGAAGAGAAUGCCUCUAGUUGGUGUCACUGCAGCCUGACGCAGGAUGGCUUUGUCAUUAAAUGUGAAAACUGUCGAGGCCUGGAUAGACGGAAAGGUGUUUCAGUCCAAUGUAGAAAACAGGAAAAUGUGUCAGGGGGAGAGAGCAGUGCAACAGAAAGUGGAGAUGAAGAAGUCUCUCCAGCAACAGUGUCCUAUACAGCCACUCAGCAUACUCCAACCAGCAUUACCCUCACUGUUAAUCGCAUCAAAAGAAACAAGCCCAAAAAAAGAAAAAAGAGCACGGAAAAAGCCAGAGGUGCCCCUAAGACCAAAAAAAUCAAGGCGUUCCGUGAAGGUUCUAGGAAGUCUUUGAGAAUGAAGAAUUCAACAACUGAGGCAAGUACUUUGGAUGAGAAUACAGAAGAAGGCUGGGAAAACCGAAUACGAUUCUGGACAGAUCAGUAUGAAGAAGCUUUUUCUAACCAGUAUAGUGCUGAUAUCCAGAAUUUGCUACAGCUGCAUCGUAUUGCCAACAAAGAUUCUGUGGGAAAGGCAGCAUUUAUGGAUACCAUCAAUAAAACUGAGCUUGCUUGUAACAACACUGUCAUUGGCUCACAGAUGCAGCUCCAACUUGGAAGGGUGACAAGGGUGCAGAAACACAGGAAAAUUCUCAGAGCAGCAAGGGAUUUGAUAGUUGACACCCUGAUUAUUGAGUAUAGAGGAAAGGUGAUGUUGAGGCAGCAGUUUGAAGUCAAUGGGCACUUUUUUAAAAAACCCUACCCAUUUGUGUUGUUUUAUUCAAAAUUCAAUGAAGUGGAUAUGUGUGUGGAUGCAAGAACAUUUGGAAAUGAUGCUAGAUUCAUCAGGCGGUCCUGUACACCAAACGCAGAGGUUCGGCACAUGAUUGCAGAUGGAAUGAUCCAUUUGUGUAUCUAUGCCAUAGCUCACAUUACUAAGGAUUCUGAAGUGACCAUUGGUUUUGAUUAUGAAUAUAGCAAUUGCAAUUACAAAGUUGAUUGUGCCUGCCAUAAAGGGAACCAGAACUGUCCAGUGCAGAAGCAUAACCAGAGUCCCUUUGACUUGUUGCCACCCCCUUCUGCUCCUCCUCAAAUUGGGGCAGAGACUAGGCGUCGAAAAGCCAAGCGGAAGGAACAAGAGUUGGUGAACCAGGGCAACAUAUCAGAUGAAAAUCCUAACCUGCAGGCAGAAAGGCUGAAUGAUUCUAAGGAUUUCCAGGGAUCUGCAAUCAGCGAUUCUGAGGAGGUUUCAAAUUAUGAAUUAAAGCUUGAAGGAAAUGAAGGUGCUGAAAUGAAUGACCCUGGAUCCCUGGCACAGAAUAAACAGUCACGAGAAGAUCGAAAGGCUGAAGCCAUUAUGCAUAUGUUUGAGAAUCUGGCAAAAAGGAAGAGGAGAAAUUUUCAGAGCCAGGACAAGAGCUACAGUACAUCAGGAACAGCAACUAGUCCAGCUACACAGUUUGCAGAGGAUCCUAAAUUGGAAAACCUAGAGAGUGAGGAUCCUAACCAUUUAAUAGGAAGUGAGCAAGCUACUCAGAGCACAGGGUCUGGUGUAAGCACUCGCCGUUCCACGCAGAGCAUGGAACUGCCCAUUGUUGAAAAGACCCCUGCAAAGCCCACUGCAUCAAAAUCAUCCAAGCCACGGCCAAAGAGCCGAAUAUCUCGGCAUCGAUCCAGUUGCUCUCAAAGAGCUCGGCGGCAGAAACAAGCCUUUGCUCAGCAAGCAGCUGAUUAUGCCCAGGGUAUGACAGAAGAAGGGACCCAAGGGCCAUGUGGAUUAGAGUCUGGCAAUACUGAGGUGGGAUUAUCCAUUGGACAGCCAGCUGAUGCAGAAGGAGCUGCUGGACCACCCAUGGAAACCUUAGCCAAUCGAGUUAAUCUCAAAUACCCCAAGACUAAAAAGUAUCUUGUUACAGAGUGGUUAAAUGAUAAAAUAGUUGAUAAACCAGAAUGCCCUAUUGAUCGACCACUUAGAAUCACCACAGACCCAACAGUGCUGGCCACUACCUUGAACAUGCUGCCUGGUCUCAGCCAUUCUCCACUUAUCUGCACCACUCCAAAACACUACAUUCGCUUUGGAUCUCCUUUUACUCCUGAAAGGCGCAGGCGCAUUGUCAGUUUUGAUGGCUCCUAUGGCUCAUUUAAAAAGCGCUGGAUUAAACAAGCAAUGGAGGAAGAUAUUCUUGCAGUUAAAGGAGAAAAAAGAGCACUGCUUGAAUCUCAGCACCAAAGCAGCAGUGGAGGCAACACUUCAAAUCCCAGCCCUUGUAACAGUGAGUCAUCGGGCACCAUUGAAGAAAAGAAAAUUUAAGUAUUUUCAGAACAGAGCACUUCAGAGUUGUUACGGCCACUUUCUCCUAUCACCCCACCACCCAUCUCUACUGAUACUGUAAGCCCUCUGUUGGCAGCUUCAUGUACCCUCGUUCUAGGAGAGGAGGAGAAACGUAAUGGAUAUAACCUCAUAUAUUCUCCCCUCAAUUCACUUACCACUAGCCGAUGCAACACCCCUUUACAGUUUGAGCCUUGCCUUCGUUCAGAUUUUGACCAGUCUCGAACUUGUUAUCAAGAUCUUUCUUUACCGUCCAGCACGGAGAGCCCUAUUCAUUCUGGACUUACAGCUACAGAUGAAUUUCUACCUGUACAGUCAUCCUUUAUUACUGG